AUGUCGCCUCAUUACUUUGAUACGGUAACAAGUGAGCGAUAUUACACGAAAAAUGCAAAAGACGCAAAGCCACUAUCGGAUCUACCAGUAGGGUCUGGUAGCAGCUGGGGCACCCAGCAUUUGAAGGCGUGCCACGUUAUAGUGAGCAGCAAUGUCGACAUCUGUUUCCCGCUAUUGGACGAUUACGAUCUCACCAUACGUGAAACUUUCAAAGCUGGCGAAGAAAAUGCACAUAUAGCAGCAUUUAUCAAGGGCCUGGCCUCAAAUCAUCAAACUAUGCGGCAGCACGCCCUUGUACGAGAAGUAGACGCAACUUUGGCUAGAUUCUGGGUAGCGCUGAGGGACAUGAAAGGACUCAAGGCGAACAAGGAAGAACCGCAAAACAACCAGCGUACCUCUGGGCGGGUGAGACUACAGACAACCCAUCCAGGGUACGUAGAUUCCGAGUGUAUCGCGAGCUCCAGUCAGGACCACGAAUCGAGCCAAGAAUCAUCUUCCACCAAUGCAAAAGAUUCAUUUACUUCCGUACAGAGACCUGCGGCGUAUCUUCCGGUUGAGGCUUACACCGUUGAGCUGGCUUUCUCCGCCAUCACUCAUAUCCUCUUGUACACUCAAGACCCCAGCUUAGACAUGUCUGUUGAGAUCCGCCAGCCGGAGAGGCAUUAUCUCCAGGUCAAGGACAAACGGAUCACGGCAAUCGACGACGGAGGACUUACUGUGAUAUCGCGUGCCGGAGCAAGGACUAAAAACUCGGUCGUCUUGAUAGAGGCCAAACGGCGACUCGAUGUGUGUGAGAAAACCAACCUGCCAUUUGUGUCCGAUGAGCGACUUGGGCAAAUGACUUGCGAGGCUGUUGCCGCACGAUCCUCUCGCCAAGGGGGCACUUCCCUCGAUGACAUAUUCGUUAUCAGCACUGCUCAGCAUUACAUGUGCUUGUUUCACUUUAUCGUCACCGCAAGCCACCUCGAUGAUUUGAAGAAUGGGAUAGUCCCACGUACCGCUAUCAACGUAACAGCGACACGAUGGUUGGAUCUGGAACGACGAAAUGAUAGGAAAUGCAUCGUCAAGAAUGUCCUCCAGCUGGCGGAGUACAUGAGGCAAAUGGAGGGAUGA